AUGAAAUCAUUAAUGAUGUGUUCUUCCCUCUCACGGUGUAACGGGUCACGUUUUAUUUCUUUUCAUCAUUUCUAUACUUACUUGUUGAUAUUCUUUCUGCUCUCUACACGUACAUACUAUGUUGGGGCUUCCCAUCUUCCUACCGGUGAUAGACCAUAUGAAGAAGUGUUUCGUGUUUGGUUUUCCGGCUCUGACUGGCCAUACGUGUAUACUAAUUUCCUUAAAAGUGCUGCUAGUAAUAAUAGCGUAGGUGAGGAAAUAACAAAUUUACCGAUUUCUACCAUUAUGAAUCCCGCAGCAGCAGUUGUGGCAAAUAUACUACGUGUGGGUCUUUCAACUCCUCCCGGUGUGACAGCGAUGAGUCUGCGGGAGUGUUAUUUUCUUCCUCAUGCACUUUCUGUUGUUUAUGCAGUGAUACGAUUUGAUGGUGAUAAGGAGUUAUCAAAUACUGAUAUUAACCAUCUCGUACGUAAUAUAGAUACAACAUCUCUACAAACACUUUAUUGGCAAAAUGGUGGUCGUUUACGUGAGAAUGUUACUAUUAUACAAGCCCUAUUGGGUUCACAUACUGUUGUAUGUACUCUGGGUUGUCAGUAUGCUAUUGCGAUUGGUGUUUCUCUUAUCUUCUCUGCUUUACUUUCUAUUCCUAUCUUUAUUUCACUGGUCUCUGUACGGAGGGCGCGUAUGAAAUUAAAUCUCCCACCACCACCGCCAUCAGCGCAAGUUUGCUGUUCUCGCCAUGCAACUACUCUCACCAAUGCAUAUAAGUUUACGCAAACAAAUAAUAAUAAUAAUAAUAAUAAUAAUAAUAAUAAUAAUAACCAGAAUGAAAUGGAGAGUGAGUAUGGAGAUGUAGAUGAUAUAGAACGACACUAUGAUCAUCCACACGGUAUGCCUCAUACAAUAAACCACAGUAAUCAUUUUCCUAAUCACUACUAUAAUGAUAUUGUGAGUGAUAAUCACAAGAAUGGUGUGGAUAGUAAUAUAGAGGCAGAGAAUCGAUGGCGACGGGCAAAUGGACUCCCACCAGCUGUUGUGGAGCCGCAACGCGCUCCAACUCUAUACAGACACCCAACACAACAGAGAGGAGAAGAAGAAGAAGAAAAAGAAAAAGAAAGAGAAAAAGAAAAAGAAGAAAGAGAAAUGAAUGGAAAUGUAGAGAGUUUUUCACCAGAACGGGGAACAUCGGGAUUCUACAAGAGUGAUGUGAUUGGUCCAGAGUACAUCCCAAACCGACGUACAUCACAACAGAGUGCUGAAGUACCACACCCACGUGAGUACAUCCUCCAGAAUAAUAAUACUAAUAAUAAUACUAAUAAUAAUAAUAAUAAUACUAAUAAUAAUAAUAGUAAUAAUAAGAGGACAGCAUCAUCACCGUUGAAUACGGAGAAAGCACAGAGUGGUGUAACUCCCACCGCAGAUGCACAUCGACAGACAAUGUCACUGCGGGACACUGGCCUCAUUGGAAGUGAGAUCGUAUCUCCGCAGCCAAUCUCACAUACAUCCUCCUCAUCUUCUCAUCUCAAUAAGGAUAAUAAAAGUACUGCUGGGAAAAGAGCGAAAAGCCCAACUUCUAUUUUGAAGCGAUCGGGCUCUUCAACAAGUCGGCGCAGCAGCGGCUCAGGUUAA